CCGUAUUCGUCUAUUCUAGGGUUUAUCGAGUGGCCUGGGGAGGGCGGCAGAAACAGAGGGGAAGAUAGAGAGAAUGGACUCGUUUUCAUCGUCGUCAAUCGGAUCAGGGGCGGGAUCUGGUUCACCCCAGAUGUCGACUGAGGAUUUCAUGGACCAGUUCAAGACUCAGCUUGCCCAGGCUUAUGCCCAGGAGUUCCUCGAGACUGUGAGAGAGAAGUGCUUUGACAAGUGCAUCACAAAACCAGGGUCGAGUCUGAGUGGCAGUGAGAGUAGUUGUAUCUCUAGAUGUGUUGACCGCUACAUUGAGGCAACGGGUAUUGUUAGCCGAUCUCUCUUCAAUGCCCAACGCUGAAAUUUUGUACCGAAGCCUUCUCUCAAGUAAUAUCCAACUAUCUUGGAGAAUUGACUAAGUAGACCUGAACAUUUAAAUAUAUUGUAGUUUCAUUAUCUCAUUUCGACCAUUCAUUGUGGGAACAUUAACUCCCUUGGAACAAUGUCAAAUUUGCCACAGGAUAGUUUGCUAUGGGCUUUGUAUCUCUAUCUGAGGCUCGUAUUCUGUGACUUAUUUCUACAAUAUAUUUUUUGGUGAUGGAGAUUUUGCCGGAUGAA